AUGGGCAACGAUCAAGGCAAACCAAAUUUCAAAGAACUUUCGAAAGGUACCAAAUUUAGCACCAAGGAACUGAGUGAUUGGCAUAAAAAAUUCAAAAAAGAUUUCCCGGACGGCAAAAUUAAUAAGCAGCAGUUUAUCACUCUCUACCAGAAGAUGUUCGGAGAUGAUAAAGCAGCGUCUACUGAGUUUUGUGAGCAUGUCUUUAAGAGAUAUGACACAGAUAAUAACGGCGUGGUAGACUUUAAAGAGUUCAUAACCACUCUGAGCGUUGCAUCCAGAGGCACCAAUGAAGAGAAGUUGAUGUGGGCAUUUAAGCUAUACGACAAGGACAACAAUGGAAGAACAUCGCAAUCGCUCAUGAUAUUAAGUCUUGCGAAUUUUUUUUAUCUGGCCAUAUACAAAAGCCGCAAUGUAGCCAACCCCAGCCAGAAAGCCAAAGACACAGCCAGGAGUAUCCUGAAUAAAGCAGAUGAUAACAGAGAUAACAGACUAUCGGAAGCCGAAUUUAUCAUGCACGUUAAAGACUGUCCGGAAAUCAAGGAUAUGCUACACGGAUUUUAA